AUGGACCGCCAUCCCAUCCCAUUUGCACACACCCGAACAGCCUCUGCAACCUUCCCCUUAACCCACAAACCUCCCACCCCCCGACCCAAUGACGUCUCCAGUCCGUUUGCAGACAGCGACCGAGCCAUCCCUCGCCAUGUCCAACACAAAUACACCACCUCCUUAGGAGGAGCAGGAGGAGGAGGAGCAUCAGCAUCAAAAUCAAAACCAACAUCAGGAAUACGACCACAACAAAGACCAAGACCAACUCUACAAGAACCAUCCUCCACCUCCACCUCCACCCCCAACCACGGAUCCCCCGAACCACGCCACCGACACUCACGCACUCUUGACCCGUUCGGUCUCGGCCACCACCACAGUCACAGCCACAGCCACAGCUACAGUCUCGACGGCACAAGGACCAAAUCGACCUCCCACAAACACAAACACUCCAAAUCGCGCGAACUAAGACUCCCACGCCCAAUGAGCCAUCUCGCUUCCUCGGCCAGUGCGCGCGGCUUACUACCCACCUGGUCCGGGAAGGAUAAAGACCCCGGCGCCGGCCGCGAUGCAGACGAUGGAUUACUCCGGCCACUGACGCGUGAAACAACGUCACGGUCUCGCUGGGGCUCGGAGUCAACGAGGGAACGAGUCGGAGGGGGACAUGAGCGGUUGGGACCGAUUAGACGGCAGGAGAUUCAGUCUAUGGAGGAUUUAGAGAGGGUUAAGAGGAGGAGAAAACAGGGUGAAGGAUAUCUCCGCUCAGCCCUCGCCUCAACCGGAACCCAAGCAACAGACGCAACAAGAAGACUAGAUUACACAUACUACAAUCUCCUGGAACGAAUAACAGCCCUAAACUCAACAAUAGCAUCCUUCCAAGAUCUCUCCGAUUCAGCAUCAACCUUCCUAAACGACUUCGACCGCGAAACAAGCACCCUGGACACAGAAAUCCGCAAACAAAUCAUCGACUUAAAGGGGUUUACCGCGCAAAGCGAUAAAUCCAAAGCUCUAGAAUCACGCAUGAAAUCGGGGCGAGAGAAAGUUGACGAAUUGGGGACUCGUCUUGCGGCUGUGAAGUCUGAGAUUGAGAGUUGGGAACGGAGGGAAUUGGAUUGGCAGGAAAGGAUUAGUCGACGAUUGAGGAUUUUUUGGGCCGUUGUUGGGAGUGCGGCUAUGGUUUUGGUCAUCGGUGUUGUUUUGCAGAAUUGGCCGCGGAUUGAGUUGGAGAUUGAGAGGAAUCUUCCUAUUGAUUCGCAGGGUUUGGGUCUGGAUCUACCCCGGCAUUGGCGUCGGCGUCGGAAUCAGAACGCCUCUCGAACCAAUCUCUCCCUCUCACUGUGUCGGGUUGAGACUGGUUCGGCGUGGUAUCCAGCCAGUCUUGCGGAUCGUCGGGAGAGUCUGAGUCUCCAAGCGAAGGCUACGGAUGGGGGAGGUGGAGGUGGAGCGACCAGUGGAAGCUCGAGUUCUUCGGCAGUGAAGGCUAAAGCUACGGGUGCGGAUGAUCCUUUGCGGGUUCUUGAUGAGUUGUAG